AUGUCAUCUCUUCGUUCCACAUCUUCACCAAUAAAUAUCCUUUAUGCAUUGGUAUUGGCCUCUUCCAUCGCAGCUUCUGCUGCCAACUUCUAUCAGGAUUUUGACAUAACAUGGGGAGAUGGCCGAGCCAAGAUACUAAACAACGGCGACCUUCUCACUCUUUCCCUUGAUAAAGCCUCAGGCUCCGGGUUUCAGUCCAAAAACGAAUAUCUCUUUGGCAAGAUUGAUAUGCAACUCAAGCUUGUACCCGGAAACUCCGCAGGCACCGUCACUGCCUAUUAUUUGUCAUCAAAAGGGUCAAACUGGGAUGAGAUUGACUUCGAAUUCUUGGGGAAUCUGAGUGGUGAACCAUACAUUCUUCACACCAAUGUGUUUAGUCAGGGCAAAGGCAACAGAGAGCAACAGUUCUAUCUGUGGUUCGACCCAACAGCAGAUUUCCAUACCUAUUCCAUUCUCUGGAAUCCUCAGCGCAUAAUCUUCUCAGUAGAUGGGACACCCAUAAGAGAAUUCAAGAACAUGGAAUCAAAAGGAGUUGCAUUCCCGAAGGAACAACCAAUGAGGAUAUACUCUAGCCUUUGGAAUGCUGAUGACUGGGCAACCAGAGGUGGUCUUGUGAAGACUGAUUGGAGCCAAGCUCCUUUCACAGCUUCUUACAAGAAUUUCAAUGCCGAUGCCUGUGUCCAUUCCGGAGCAUCAUCAUCAUCAUCAUCAUCUUGCAAUUCAAACUCGGGCUCUUCCAAUGCGUGGUACUCCCAGGAGUUGGAUUCAACAAGCCAAGAUAGAUUGAGUUGGGUGCAGAAGAAUUACAUGAUUUACAAUUAUUGCACUGACACCAAGAGAUUUCCUCAAGGCCUCCCCCUAGAGUGUCAAGCAUCAUGA